CCCUUAAAUCACGUGUUGCGUUUCCAUAGUCACGUCAUAUGGGCUCCACCAUGUUGUAGGAAACCCGCCGCUGCUCCUCACUCACUGUCAGAUUAGAGUUUAAUCCGAGGAGGAGGAGGAGGAGGAGGAGGAUACUCUGUCAAGACGCUGUCUGCAUCUCGGGAGGACUUGCGCUCUUUAUGCAUUCAGAAUAAUCGCGAUUCGCGUGCUGCUGUCACUGUUUCCUUCAACGAGCGCCCCGCACACUGAAGAUGAAACGCCAGUCUUCCGCUGCUGUCUUUGCCUGUCCGCCGACUUGCCAAUACGUUAAAAUGUUAGCUGGCUAACUAGCUGAAAAAGAGUAACUAAAUCGGAUUAGCUGCUAACGGCAGCCUCCCUCUGGGUAACAACCGGGUAUUAUUUGCUGCACUUGACAAAUAUAGACCAUCAAGCGCUUGUCAGUGUUUGCGUUAAUUGUAUUUCUACGACAGUGUCAAAAUUCCUACUUUGUGCUAUAGUUAUUCGCUAGUGUUAAUGUUUCUGCGAGCUAGCUACGUUAUUAGCUAGUCAAACCACAACAAAAGCUGGACCUCUGUCGUUCUCUAGUCUGCACAGUUCGUUAGGGAGGGCGAACAUAAAAGUAGUAGUGCCUCUGAACCCCCACCCCCCCAGCCGAAAGUCAAGACGGAGGUGACGGCCAGACUUGGGUGCUAGCUGGUCCUGAGACUAGCGGGCUGAGAAGUGUUCGAGAUUUAAGCCCCGACACAUUAGCGUUCAGUGGAAACAUGUCAGGAAAGGAUAAAGACAAGCCGGAGAAACAGUCCACAACGGAACGGCUCGUAAAAGCUGUGCCAUACCCUCCACAACAUAAGCUGACUAUAAAAGAGCUGUAUGAAGAUGGCAAGCCCAAUGCUGAGCUGCUACGCAACCACCUCGUCAAGGAGGGCCGCGUGGAAGAGGACGUGGCUCUCAAGAUCAUCAAUGACGGCGCCAACAUCCUCCGUCAAGAGAAGUGCAUGCUGGAGGUGGAGGCACCUAUUACAGUAUGUGGAGAUGUACACGGACAGUUCUUUGACCUUAUGAAGUUGUUUGAAGUCGGAGGUUCACCGAGUAACACGCGCUAUCUUUUCCUUGGUGACUACGUAGAUCGAGGGUACUUCAGUAUUGAGUGCGUUCUCUACCUCUGGUCUCUCAAGAUCAACCACCCCACCACACUCUUCCUGCUGCGUGGGAACCACGAGUGCCGGCACCUCACCGAGUAUUUCACCUUCAAACAGGAAUGUAAAAUUAAAUACUCUGAACGGGUGUAUGACGCCUGUAUGGAGGCCUUUGACUGCCUGCCCCUCGCUGCCCUACUCAACCAGCAGUUCCUGUGUGUACAUGGCGGACUCUCACCAGAAAUCAACUGCCUAGAUGACAUAAGAAAAUUAGACAGAUUUAAAGAGCCUCCAGCAUUCGGGCCAAUGUGCGACCUGAUUUGGGCAGACCCUGGUGAGGACUACGGCAGUGAAAAAACAUCAGAACACUUCAACCACAACUCCGUCAGAGGCUGCUCUUACUUUUUCAGUUACUCAGCAGUCUGUGACUUUUUGGUAAAUAAUAACUUGCUGUCGGUAAUAAGAGCCCAUGAAGCACAGGAUGCAGGGUAUCGGAUGUACAGAAAAAGCCAGACCACAGGUUUCCCUUCAUUAAUCACAAUCUUUUCAGCUCCAAAUUACCUAGAUGUCUACAACAACAAAGCUGCUGUAUUAAAAUACGAGAACAACGUGAUGAACAUCCGACAGUUCAACUGCUCCCCGCACCCUUACUGGUUGCCCAACUUUAUGGAUGUCUUUACGUGGUCUCUGCCUUUUGUUGGAGAGAAGGUGACGGAGAUGCUGGUGAAUGUACUCAACAUUUGCUCCGACGAUGAGCUCAUGUCAGAGGGAGACGACCUUUAUGAAGGCGGCACCUCAGCGAUGCGCAAGGAGGUUAUUCGGAACAAGAUUCGUGCUGUGGGAAAAAUGGCCCGAGUCUUCGCAGUUCUCAGGGAGGAAAGUGAGAGUGUGUUAACACUCAAAGGCCUGACCCCAACUGGAACUCUUCCAGUGGGAGUGUUGUCUGGGGGAAAGCAGACCUUACAGAGCGCUACCGUUGAGGCAGCUAAAGCAAAAGGCUUCUCUCCCUCGAGGAAAAUUCGCAACUUUGAGGAGGCGCGUGGCCUAGACAGGAUAAACGAGAGGAUGCCUCCGCGCAAAGAUGGCCAGCAGCCAGAUGGAACCACAAUCAACACCAACACCCCCAACAAGAACGGCACUGAUGGAUAGGCAACUGAAACACUACCCUGCCAUCUUUACACAACCCACACCACCUGAGUCAUAGCCCCCAACUGCUCUCUCUCGCUGUCUCUCUCUCGCUGUCUUCAUCUGUCUCCUCUGCUGAAGCUGCAUGUCCAUCAUCUGCUCGCCCACAGCCGGGCAGUGAAUGGAAGCAGACACAUCAGUGGAUAAAAACAAAAGGAGCCGCAGUGCUGGGAAAGCACUACACAGCUGCUCAAGAAAAGACAAACAUUUGACUCUUUUAUUUAUUAAAGAUAAAACCUAUUAGAUAUAUUGUGUUAUAGCAAGAAAUUACUGAAUGAAGACAUUUUACAGUCGAAAUGUAUUCUGUCCACUGAGGCUAUACAUGUCGAAACGAUUAAAAAAACCAAAACAAAACAAAAAACAGGAUUUUAUAAAUUGAAGUUGGUACCAGUAGAUGAAGAUGAGUUUUUAGUCAUGUUAAGUUUGUUUUUUGAACUGUUGUUCUUCAUGUGUUUGAUAAGGGAAAGUACAAAUACUGUAGCCUCGUCUGGGUCUUGCGAGAUUCUUCCCGAGACAUUUUGGACACUUGAGGUUCUACAUACAGUAUGCCUAUAUGUACAUCAGUCAAAAGAUAAAUUGCAUAUGUAUUUAAAAAAAUAUGAUGGGAAAAAAUAUUAAAUUCUAUCUUAUCUAAUAACAAUUUUUAAAAAAAGUAAAAAUUUCUAUGUGAAGACUUAUGUCUUUAAGACUUUGUCUUAUUUAUACAAUUUGAAGCCCUAAAGGUGGUUGUUUUUUGUAAAGUAUUUUGUUCACUUCCAGAGGAAACGUUUUCCUGUAUUAUGGUUUGUAAAUGACACGGUUAAAGUGAAGGAUUAACUCUUUAUGUGCAAUGAUAGUUUGUAUUUCUGGUUGUCUUGUGCUGGUUACGACGUGUUCACUUGAUGGCAGCUAGGAAGUUCUUGCUGCCCUUAACCCCCGACCCCCCUCAAAAAAAGAAAAGUACAAAGCAUGUCUUAUUCUACACAGCAACCAGACCCAUUAUUACUCCUCUCUGGGUUUGAGUGCCGCACAUCAAGAUUACACUAAAAGGACCAGAUUUCUCUCCGGUUAUUGGCCAGAAGAGGACCUGCAUGUCGUACUCUCCUCAAAGCAGACUGAUGUUCAUUAUUGCAUAGGAAACUUCAGUGUAUUUAACUGAAAUAUGGCAGUUUGAUGUGAUCUUUUAUUGUAAAACACUAAAAAAAAAAGG